AUGGGGAAUGACGAUUUCUUUUUGUAAUAAACACGAGUCGCUGGCGUUGUCUGGAAAUCUGCGGGGGUUCGACCGGGGGAGCACGGCCGAUUCGGCGUGGGGGGGGGGGGGCAGCGGAAUUCAGUCCCAGGGGCUGCCUCCGGCCAGGGCCCGCUUUCCUCUUCCCACCGGCCCCCGCACGCAUCCUGCCAACUCCUUCCCCACAGCCGGAGGCACCCAUGGGGCUGGUGCCGGGGCUGCCAGGUCCCCGCAACCUCAGCUGCGUCUCCUACAAGCACCCCAGCGUGCGGGGGGGGUUGGGGGGUUCGGGGGGGGGCCAAGCCUGGCACCGUCCGCUGCCCCCCUGGCCAGUGCUGUAUCGGUAUCUGGAACCAGAGCCAUGCGCUGGUGCAGGCCGUCCUCGGGCUGCGACGGGCGAGGACCCAUACACGGCGGCCCCCCCCGAGGGUGCCGGGGGGUUAGGGUCCCCCCAGAGCCCCCCAGCCCGGACUUGCCUGCGCUGCAUUUCCUGCAGGUGCUGCAGACGGGGCGCUUCUCGGCGGUGUGGCGGGGCACCCUACAGCAGCGGCCGGUGGCCAUCAAGGCCUUCGUGGCGGGGGCGGCCGGACGCUUCGCGGCGGAGCGGGCCGUGCACGGGUUGCCCCUGAUGGAGCACGACAACGUGGCCCGGCUGCUGGGGACGCGGGGUGCCGGACCCCGCGCCCGGGGGGGGCUCCUCGUCCUCCAGCUGUACCCCGCCGGCUCCCUGCGACAUUUCCUGGAGCAGCACGUGGGGACGUGGGCCGGCAGCGUGCGCCUGGCGCUCUCCCUCGCCCGCGGCCUCGCUUUCCUGCACCAGGAGCUCUGGCGCGACGGCCUGUACAAGCCCAGCGUGGUGCACCGGGACCUGAGCAGCCAGAACGUGCUGGUGCGGGAAGACGGGACGUGCGCCAUCGGGGACUUCGGGCUGGCGCUGGCGCUGCCACCGCGUGCCCAGGCCGGCGCCGGCGCCCGCCACGCCGUGCCCAUCCGCAAGGCGGGCACCCAGCGGUACCUGGCACCCGAGAUCCUGGACGAGAGCCUGGACCUGCGGGCAUGGGGCCGGGCGCUGCGGCAGGCGGACGUCUACGCCCUGGCACUGCUCCUCUGGGAGAUCCUCUCACGCUGCCAGGCCCUCAGCCCCGGAGCACCCGUGCCGGCGUUUCGGCUGGCGUACGAGGCGGAGUUGGGCGCCAGCCCCACGGGUGCCCAGCUCCGGCGUUUGGCCGUGGAGGAGCGACGACGACCGCUCAUCCCCCCCGCCUGGCACCGUGCCCCCCAGCCCGUGGGGGCUCUGCCGGAGUUGCUGGAGGAUUGCUGGGACCCCGACCCCGAAGCCCGCCUCUCGGCCGAGCGGGCUCUCCAGCGGCUCCAACGCCUGGCUGCCGGCCCCCCCCCGCCCGCUACCGGCCCCCCCCAACCCGCUGCCACCGCCGCCGCCCCCCCGGGGGGCUCCGGCCUCCGGACCGCCCCCCCCGCAGCUGACCGAGAGGUCCUGGAGCUGUCACCUGCCAUGUGGGACCCUGGUGCAGGGUGCCCCACGCCGCACCCUGGGGUGCCCCCCCUGUACCCCCCCGGGCUGGACAAGAAGGCGGCGAAGAAGAUGAAGAAGAGGAUGAAGAAGGCUCAGAAGAGGCACAAGCAGCGACUCCGACUGAGGCCACCACCACCGCCCGGCACCCGUGUCCUGCUGUGGCCACCCGGGACCACCCGUGUCCUCCUGGGUGCUGUGACCAUCCGUGACCACCUGGGACCACCUAUGUCCUCCCGUGUCCUGCCCGUGACCACCCAUGUCCGCCCAUGUGAAGCCAUGACCACCCGUGUCCACCUGGGACCUCCCGUCUCCUUCCAUGACCACGUGUGA